AUGGUUAGAGCUCAAGGGUUGUUUUGGGAGCUCUUACUCCUCCAUCUGGGCCUCAGGAACAUCCUCGGGGAAGAGUCAUGUGAAAUACAGCUUUACAUUAAGAGACAUUCAGUAUUCUGUGUCUCAGCUGGAAAGGUCUUUAAAAUUGAAUGCCCUGUAAAAUACUGUGGUCACAGACCUAAUGUGACUUGGUGCAAGGUUAGUGGACAAAACUGUUUACCACUUGGGGAUAGACUUCAUCUACACACCAGUUGGGAAGAAAGGCAGACUGUUCCAGUUUUUAUUCUACAUUUUGAACCAAUACGUACAAUUGACAAUGGAUCAUACAGCUGUUCUGCAAACUUUCAUUCUCGGGUUAUUAAAAGCCACUCAAUAGCCAUACAUGUGACAGAACAGACUCAAAAUAAUUCAGACUAUCAUCUAAUAACUUUGCCCAACAUUCCAGUUACAACCAAUGCCUCUGGACCACCCUCCGUGAAAGAGACUGUGGGAAGGCCCUGGCUGCUUUACAGCUUGCUUCCCUUGGGGGCAUUGCCUCUGCUCCUCCUUGCCUGUUUCUGUCUGAUCUGCUUCCUGAAAAGUCACCAAGAGAAAGAAAUAAAGCCUCCUGACUCAGUGGGAAGAGAAAUUAACCUGGUUGACACUCCAGUGAGUUCCAGGAAAAAUCCCCAAGAACUGCCAUCAGAAACUGGCGUUUACGAUAAUGAUCCCUGGUUCAGGAUCCAGGAAGAGUCUGAAGUUUAUUCUAAUUCACAGCUGGAGGGAAAUAAACAGGGAAUUGUCUAUGCUUCCCUGAACCAUUCUGUCAUUGGAAGAAACCCAAGACAGGCAAGAAACGUGCAAGAAGCACCCACAGAAUAUGCGUCUGUGCGUGUGAGAAGUUAAACUUGUUGCGGACACCAGGCUGUGAGUGCUGAAUGAAGGGCAUGUCCACAUCGUUGUCUGGACCCAGCAGCGUAUCAGAUAACCUUCCUCAAUCUAGGAAUUUUCACAUUAAGGUCGUUCUUGCUGGGUCUUAGGGGUCCAUAGAAUAUUUGAUGAAAAUUUCUCCUGAAAAUUUUGAAAGAUUUUUAUAUUAGAUCCUUGAGUAACAGAAUUUUCUCUGUAAAAUUGUUUCUUAUCACAAAGAGCAAAAUAAUACAUUUACAUUUGGCUGUGUUUUACUCAAUAUGUGAACUCAAGGUUUCCUUUGGAACUAUCAGAAAGACAUAAGGAAGAAAGAUGUGUACUAUUUGGAUCAGCUCACUAUACAUUCUAGAGGAAGAAUGUCCUAGUUUGACUAGCUAAUAAUUAUAAAUACAGUAAUGAUUGUAUAUUCCCAAUCUUCCACGAUAAGAAAACUUUGUAUGUAAAUCUAUAGCUAGCAUU